GUAUUUCAGCGCGGACAUCUUUUUUUCUAGCUGGUACCGAGUUUCUGAAGUUUGACAAAUCAGGAAUUUGCCGGAAUCCGGAUCGACAGCUGCGGCUAAGGUUAGGGUUAAUUUUUUUGUAUCAGACUACGUUCUCUCUCGGCUUCGAUUAGGUAGUGAUCAGCAAUCACCACCUCCCAGGCAUGGGACCUGCUCCGCGAGAGCGGCAUAACGCAAAAUCAAGACAAUCUACUGCUGGGUCAAGGAAGAAGGGGAAACGAAAGCAUCGGGACGAGGCUGAAACUGGCGAUGCCAAUGCCUUAAUUCACGUGCCCAAGACCAACGAAGAGAGGGAGCUCACACGACGGGAGAAAUUGAAGCAGGAGCUCAUUGCUGAAGGCGACAGCAAAUGGAAUAGCAAGAAAAAGAAGCGUCUGGAAAAAUACAUUGACAAGAAAUUAAAGAAGGAAGAGCGGGUUCAGAUUUUGGAAAAACUAUCCCAGAGUCAGGCUCAGAUCACGAGCACACUACACCUGCAAUCUUCUUCUACACUUGGAACUGGAAAGGCGUCGACCCAUCGCGAACGCUUAGACAAGCUAGAGGAUAUCGAGGUCCGCAAGGCACUUGACGGUCGAGCCGGGAAACGUAAACGAAACGACGAAUACAUGGUAAGAAAUGCGGACGAAGACGAAGACGAUGACACCGAACUUUACUCUGGGCGUGAUGGCCCUUCGGAAGAUGAAGAGGUUGCUGAAGUCAAGAUAAUGGACGUCGUUCACACCGAAGCUUCUGUUCAGCCCGUCGCAUCUACGUCUACAGCAGUUGGUAGCGCCCUACAGCGGAAUCCGGAUGGCAGUGUUAUUGCUCCUAGAAUUCGUCCAAAGCGACAUAAAACAAAGUCGACUUCCCGUAGUUGGGAGAAAUCGAAAGCAUUUGCGAAAGAAGACGAUUCUGACACGUCAUUUGACAGCUCCGACUCUGAAAAUGAUACCUCGGAAGAGGAGGAUACAUCGGAAAAGAACAUGGCACCGUCCCCGCCCAAGCGAAGCCUUGGUUUCAAAGAUUGGGCUAUGAAACAACUCGGCACCGCCAAGGGAUAUAGUACUGCCGAGCAGAACACAUCGCUAGCACCCAUGGAACCUGGGCCACCACCAAACAAGAAACGAAAACUAUACAAAGAUUCUGGGCCGACGGGGAUGCGUGGACCCUUGGGCGAAGACCUUUCACUUCCCGAUACUUCUUUCGCACAGAAACUAAAAACUCCAAGUGAAAGUUCCGCCACUAUAACGAAACCCACACCUAUAUCUAUAACGCGUCCUACAGACGUUGAAGAAGCUAGACUUCUCCUUCCCAUUGUCUCUGAAGAGCAACCAAUCAUGGAGGCGAUUUUGUUGAACCCCGUGGUUAUCAUAUGUGGUGAAACUGGCAGUGGUAAGACGACUCAAGUUCCACAGUUUCUCUAUGAAGCCGGUUUUGGUACGCCUGAUAGUGAAAAUCCGGGGAUGAUUGGGAUUACACAACCGCGGCGAGUGGCUGCUAUGUCGAUGGCCUCACGAGUUGCACAUGAAUUAUCUUUAACGUCAUCUCGAGUCUCGUACCAAAUUCGGUACGACGCAACGGUUUCUCCUUCCACUUCCAUCAAAUUCAUGACGGAUGGUGUCCUACUACGAGAGCUGGCAACUGACUUUUUACUCAACAAAUAUUCUGUCAUCAUUAUCGAUGAGGCACACGAACGGAGCAUGAAUACUGACAUCCUUAUCGGCGUAUUAAGUCGUGUUCUCAAACUGCGAGAGCAGCUAUGGAAGGAGGGUAAAGAAGGUGCCAAGCCGUUGAGACUGAUAAUUAUGUCUGCUACACUCCGUGUAAGUGACUUCGCAGAAAACAAGACCUUGUUUCCAAAACCUCCACCUGUGAUAAAUGUGGCGGCUCGCCAACAUCCUGUGACUAUUCAUUUCAACCGUCGAACUGUGGCCGAUUAUGUGACGGAGGCUAUUAAAAAGACCACAAAAAUUCAUACUCGUCUGCCUCCUGGUGGUAUUCUAAUCUUUUUAACGGGCCAAAAUGAGAUACAAGGGGUGUGCCGCAAGUUGGAGAAUCGAUUUGGGCAAAGAGUACUUCAAGAGAAGCGCAGGAGGCGAGAUGCACUGCAGGCCAAGUUGCAAAACCCCAUGGAUCUAGAGGACAGUCAGGAUAUUCGCACAGUUGGGCCAGCUCUAGCUGACGUUGAAGCUGAAGAUUUGGAUCUGGGCAAUCCCUCUAAGAAUGACGAAGAUCUUGCCAUUGAUGUUGAUACUGCGGAUAUGGAAGAGGAUCCGGAUGCAUUGGAUACUGACGAGGAAGAUGAGUUGGGAGAGGAACUGGGGGUCGAGUUUAAUGACAAUGAUAUGCCGAUGCAUGUGGUUCCUCUCUAUUCACUUUUAGCCAGCGAUAAGCAGAUGAAAGUCUUUGAACCGCCGCCACCUGGGACUCGUCUUGUUGUCGUUUCAACCAACGUGGCAGAAACGUCGUUAACCAUUCCUGGAAUUCGAUAUGUCGUAGAUUGUGGACGUGCAAAGCAACGUCGAUAUGAUGUCGCCAGUGGCAUACAGUCUUUUCAGAUUAGUUGGAUAUCGAAGGCUUCUGCAGCUCAGCGCUCAGGACGAGCUGGACGCACAGGUCCGGGACACUGUUAUCGACUACACUCGUCGGCCCUUUUCGAGCACUAUUUCGACCCCUUCUCUCAGCCCGAGAUACUUCAAAUGCCUAUCGAAGGUGUAGUACUACAAAUGAAAACGAUGCAUAUCGACGCAGUGAUCAAUUUUCCCUUUCCGACACCACCCGAACGACAAACACUUCAAAAGGCCGAGAAGAUUCUCACUCACCUCGCCGCUCUGAAGAAUGGAGAGGUCACCAACUUGGGUCGCACCAUGUCGCUAUUUCCUCUGUCUCCGAGGUUCGCGAGGAUGUUGGUAGGUGGUCAACAACAGCAAUGUAUGCCCUACGUCAUUGCUAUCGUUUCUGCUCUUUCUGUUGGUGAUCCGUUCCUCCGCAACGAGGGCCUUGCGAUGAAGGAAGAUGGUGGUAUUGACGGAGACGAUAAUAACGAUCUUGGUCAUCUGAAGAGCGAAAGCGUGAAAGUCAAAGAGGCUCUCCGCCUGCGUCGAAAAGCCUUCUUUCAGUCCCAGCAGACGCACUCCUCUCUAGGGACGGGAACAAGCGACAUGUUCCGUGUGCUUUCUGUCGUUGGCGCCUAUGAAUACGCAGGCGGUGGCUUGAAGUUCUGCGGCGAGCAUUUCGUUCGACCGAAGGCUAUGGAAGAAAUACACAAGCUUAGGGCUCAAAUCGGUAACAUCGUUCAAACCAACUUUCCCGGUGUAAAGGCUGGUUUUGAGCCUAAUCUACGUCCCCCCAACAAUCUUCAGAUCAAAGUGCUCCGGCAAUUACUUGCUGCUGGAUUUAUUGAUCAAGUUGCAGUAAGGAAGGACCGGGUCGAAAAGGUGUCCUCUGGAACACAGUACGCGUCUUCUAAGGGCGUGCCCUACAAAGUGAUCGGAAUAUCAGAAGAUGUUUUCAUACAUCCUUCAUCUGUGCUAGCUUCCAAAUCCCCACCGGAGUAUGUCGUCUUCAACGAAGUUGUUCGCACCUCUCGUAUUUGGAUUAAAGGAGUUACUAUUGUCAAUCCGGUCUGGCUAGCAUCACUGGGGAAGGGAUCUCUUUGUACUUUCUCCAAGCCGGUGAAGAAUAACGUUGGAAAUAUGAUGGUCAUCCCGCGAUUUGGACCAGAGGCUUGGGAACUCCCUGCCAUCAAAGCCGACUUAGUACUAUCAUAGCACAUCAUAUCAUGGGAACUAGGACAGAGCCCAGUCAUUCUUAGCACGCCUGUAUUUGUUACAUUAGUUUUUGUUUUGAGAAUUUACACGAAAAAUCGGUGCAGACAAAAGG